AUGGGCUGUAAGAUCAACGCCGUUGCAAAAGACGUGCCAGCAGCUGGUCCGAGAUGAACACGCGAGAUAAGGAGAGCGCAGGAAUUUUCCGACGCGCUUUCUUAGAGACACGGAUGAGCGCAAGGAGACACGGCUGAGAGAAGAGUGAGACACUUUCCAAGCUGCAUGCAUCUCUCUCUCUCUCUCCCUUCCUCCUCCCUCUCUGACGCUGUAGCUUUUCCAGGGAUCUCUGCCUUUUUCCUCCUCCCCUCCCUCCCUCCCCUCCCUCUCCUGUCUCUUCCUCGCUGGGUUUUGCCUGCCAGUCUGCUGAGCACCUUCCCUGCGCACCUUCCCCAGCCGCGAGCGCGCAAGCCCCAGGCAAAAACAGGCUAGGCAAGGAGCCACAUCCUAGCCGGGCAGCCCCCCAGGAGCCUCCCGCCCCCCCCUUGCGCCUGAUCCUACUUCUGCCACCAGCCGCACCCCGGAGACGACCCCUGCGGACCUGCCCGAGGGACUUCGCCCUCCCGGAGCUGCUACUUGCCGCCGCUGCAGUCUCGCCCGCCUGCCUGCCUCGCUCUCCCGGGAGCUGCCUCGGUGGAAGCGACGAUGUCGGAGGUGCUGCCUUACAGCGAGGAGAAGAUCGGGCCCUACGGGGACGGCGGCGAGGUGGGGCAGAUCUCCUUCACCUGCCGCCUGCAGGACACCAACAACUUCUACGCGGGGGGGCAGACCAAGCGGCCCCCCAAGCUGGGGCAGAUCGGCAGGAGCAAAUGCGUUGUCAUUGAAGACGACAGAAUUGAUGAUGUCCUCAAAAACAUUUCAGAGAAACCACCUCCGGGAGUUUAAAUCUUUCCACAGAGACACUGAGUGAAAAGGAGGGGGAAGAAAAUGAUUGACCUUUUAUUAUUGGGUAAAAAACAAAACAAAAAAAGGCAAGCAAACUAAUAGCACUUUGAAGUUAUUCCUCGCUAUCCUGUGACCCAUCUUGCGAAAUCCUUAGGAGCAGGCUCAGAGGCAGACGGUGUGAGAUGAGGAAAGCAGUUUUACUCAUGUGUGAAAAGAUAAAAAUAAAAAAUAAAAAAAUCCAAGCCCAACUAGAUUCCAGGAACUGCAAAAUGCAAACCGUACAAAUUGAAAUGUACGAAGAAGAGCUCAGUUGUCUAAAUUAAGACUGGUGCUCCCCUUUUUUCCCCUCUGGAUGAUGAGUAAUUGGGAAUUUGGAUUUUUAAAAGUCCCUUAAACAUACAGAACAGAAAAAAGGCAGGGAAUCUAGCAGUGUUUUCUUGGAAAUCUUGGGAAGUGUCACUGUUUAUACUUGUUCUGAACAAGCACUUGUUUACAUGGUAAAAUCUUGCAAAAACAAUUCCAUACAUUUCCAUACAAUAUGC